GGACAACACCUUAACACACAGCACCAGACGGUUUGUUUUGGUAAAAUGUAGAUUAUUAGCUCGUGUUUUUUCUUGUUAAACACGUUUAAGAACUCAAAUACAAAGUUUGACCUCAGCUCAACUGACAGUGAACUCCAUAAAGUACCGUUACAUUAGGGUUAGGGUUACAGUAACUCUACAGUAACCGUCAUGAGCGAGGUGUGUGUCCGGGUGGCGCUCCGUAUCCGUCCCCUGCUCCCCAAAGAAGUCCUCCACAACCACCAGGUGUGUGCUCGGGUGGUGCCGGGCUCAGCCCAGGUGAUGCUGGGCUCAGACCGACUCUUCUCCUUCGACCACGCGUUUGGACCCACAGCCAACCAGGAUGAGGUGUACGAGUCCUGCGUCCAGCCCCUGGUGGAGUACCUGGUGCACGGCUACAACGCCACCGUCUUCUGUUACGGACAAACAGGGUCAGGGAAGACUUACACACUCGGAGGAGGGAACCUGGAUGAAGAGGGAGGGAUUAUUGACCGUGUGGCCCAGGAUGUGUUCCUGUUGUUGGGGGAGAAGAAGAAGAACAGUGAUGGUGUGGAAGCCACAGUGCGGGUCUCAUAUAUGGAGCUGUACAGGGAGGAGCUGCGAGACCUGCUGGAGCUGCAGACCGUUCACAAAGAGCUUCACAUCAGAGAGGAUGAGAAGGGAAACACAGUGGUGAUGGGAGCCAAAGAGAUGGUUAUCACCUCAGCAGAGGAACUACUGAGUGUUCUAGAGACAGGCAAUGCCCUGCGUCACACCGGCACCACAGGGAUGAAUGAGCACUCCAGUCGCUCUCACACCAUCCUCACCCUCCAGCUCAUCCAGUGCUGCCACAACAACAACUCCUCCCUGAAAUCUGUCCGCUCGUCCAAACUCUGCCUGGUCGACCUGGCGGGUUCAGAGCGUGCUGGGAAAACUGGAAACACUGGGACACGGCUCAAAGAGUCAGUUCAUAUCAACACAGGCCUGCUCGCUCUGGGCAAUGUCAUCCGUGCCCUCUCCGACCCUGGUCGAAAUCGCCGUGGUAACAACUGCAGCAGUGCGCAUAUACCGUACCGUGAUGCAAAGAUCACCCGUCUCCUCCGUGACUCACUGGGAGGCACCGCUCACACGCUGAUGGUGGCGUGUGUAAGCCCGUCUCACCACAGUGUAGCUGAGACUCUGAGUGUCCUGCAGUUUGCCUCCAAGGCUCGUCACAUUCGUAACCGUCCCGGAGCUACACCUGCUCAUACAGAAGUCAAGGCAUGUCUGGCGACCUGGGACCCUGGUGAGGCUCGACUGGGCGAGCUCGAGUAUGAAGUACAAACACUGAGAGAGCUCCUAAAGGAGAAGGAGAGGGAGAUGGAAAGGGAGAGAGCAGUUGGAAGAGCUGGAGAGGUUGACAGCUCCAGUCAGAUGAGGAUGUCUGAUUCAGAUAAGAGGGUGAACCAUGAGGAGCUAUCACAGUACCGCGUCCUGGCACAGGAAGCUGCAGCCAUGUUUGUAGAUAUCACCGGCCCCACUCCGAGUCAUUCUUUCAGGGAGCGGCUGCAGGACUGGCAGGAGAGACUGACUGCUGUCAAUCACUCACAUCAAGCUGAUGAGAAGGACUGCUCAGACAGAGGAGAAGAUCACCCCCACCAUGUCGCCAUAUUAAAGCUCAGAGAGGAACUCAACAAAUGCAAGGAAGCUCUCACCACAGAGGAACAGCUAUUUGAGCAGAAAGAUGAAGAGCUAAGACAGGUCCAAAAAGAAGUAGAGAAACUUCUACAAGAGCGAAAAACCCAUCUUCAAGCCUUGAAAGAAGAGAAGGAACGUACUCGUAUACAGACUGAACAACUUGUGGACCAGCAGAUAUUCAUCAUUCGUCUUCGCAGUGACCUUUUCACCUUUAGGUGUGCAACUGUAGAAACAAGGGCUUCUGGGAGCUCAGGCAAGAGACCCCACAGUGUCCCUCUGGUCACACACAGCUGUGGACGCGGACCUCCCAGGAGGAUUCACUCCAGUCCCCCGGCCUGUUCACUGGAGAGAGUGAUGGCAGCCUUUAAGAUGCGCGGUCAUCUCCUGCUGGCUGAGAUCGAGGAGAGGGAUGAGGUUUACUCUCCAUUCAUAAAACAACAAGCAGAGAGCAAAGACGGGAUUCAAAAGAAGGAGGAUGAGGAUGAUGUCUCUGUGGGCAGAAUGGGAUUUAGGCGUGCUCUGAACCAAACAUGGACCAGCCGACUGAAGAAACCAGCUCUGAAAGAGAAGAACUCUGGACUAGACCCAACAUCUACUGGAAAGCCAUCAGGACAACAGUCUCAGAGAGCCACAGGGACCACUGAAAACCACUCCAAGCAUAUCCAUAUGAGGAAGGCGAGAUUUAGCGCCAGCGCUACUCAGAAAAGGAUCCAAGAUCUUUCACUCAGCAUGCGCAUGAAAGAGGAGCUCAUCAAAGAGCUCGACAAAACUGAGGAGGAGACCCAAGCGGUGGACAGGCACAUCAGGCACAGUGGUGAUGGCAGAGAAGCCGACGUGCUGACAAAACUGUAUAUGCAGAGCCAGCAGGUCCGAGCAGAGAUGUACCGCAGCCUGCAGCACAUGAGGCUGCAGAGAGCACAGCUUCAGAGCAGCCUCAGGCAGCAGAGAGAGACCAACAGCAACAAAGACCAAAAUGGGGAGCAACGGAUAGGAGAUCUGACCAUGUGCAAAAACAAUCACCAGGAAGAGCCAAAGGAAAAGCUGCGUGACUGUAUUUGGCUGGAGGAGGAGGAGGAGCGGGUGGUUCAGAAAAGAGCCGAGCUGCAGGAGCUGGAGGAGGAGCUGAGGAGGAGAGAAGAGGUGCUCCUGCACAGGGAGGCCUGUCUGCAACAGAAAAACAAACUGGAGAUCAAGAUGCUACGCUCCAGUCAGGCUCUGAAUCAAGACCUGCUGCGUGUGUCGGUGCGGCUGGAGUCUCUGGAGGAGCAGCUGCAGAGCAGCAGCAGUGUGAGGCAGACUGGAGGAGUCACCAUGGAGGAUCUGGAGAAGGAGAGAGAUGCACUUAGAAAGAGGAGAGAUGCUCUGGACACCCAGCUGAAGGACAACAGAGUGCUCACUGUGGAGGAGGAGCACUCCCUGCUGCAGCUGGAGGAGGCUAUCGAAGCUCUGGAUGCAGCUCUGGAGUUUAAAAACAGCUCCAUCCAGGACAAACAAAAGAAGUUAUUAAUCACAGAUUAUUCCUCGCAUCAGCCACAAAGCACUGAACCUGCCCAACUCUGUGAUGUCAUCAGGAAGCUGAAGGAGCUCUCACGGCCUGAGGCUUCAGAGGUGCUCGUUAAAUAUUUCAACAAGGUUGUUUGUCUUCGUGAGGCGGAGCGCCAUUUGCGUCUGCAUUGUGAGGAGCUGGAGCUUCAAGCUGGAGAGCAAGAGGCGGUGCUGAGGGAGAUGGAGGUCGCCAUGCAGCGCCUGGCCCUGGAUGCAGACCGCAGGCUCACCCAGCAGCACAGAGAGCACCAGAACAACAUUCAGCUACUACUGCAGAAACUUAAAGAGGGUGGUUCAGGAGAGAUACAGCAGGCAAUCGAAGACAGACUGCAGCAUCUGGAGAAAGAGCUGUUUUUCUACAAAAGCUCCAGUCGGCAGCUCAAAAAGAAAGUCAAAGAGCUUCUCAGUGAUGCCCUGCACCCAGUUGAUCAGCCCUCACAUUCACAGGAGCACAAACAGACACACAGUGUGCAGACAUACGCACAUGCAAACAAACCCCAGACACACACUGAAGAGGUGCAGACAAGGACACACAUUGCAACAACAUACACAAAGAUACACUCUGAGCAAACAGACAAAAAGACACACGACGUUUCUCAUAUGAAGAGACACCAUACCCCCUGUCCCUCCUCAUCUGCUGACCUUCAAGCACACAAAACCACCAAAUUGCCUGACUCCAGCCAGACACACACACAGGGGAGGAGUGAAAGAGGGGCUGGUUCCUGUGGGGAAAAUUUAGAGGUGACACCAGUUCGUUUGUGUCGCAGGGAGCUGAGGCAGAUCUUUCCAGCUGACCUGCAGGUUUGUAGUUCUGCCACAGGGAGGCGACAGUCUGCUGUUGAUACCAGCACAGAGUCAAUGCUGGAGGACUCCAUAGAAGUGCCCAGAAACAAUGACAGAUGAUGUUAGCAUGGUAUCUAUGAGUCACUUGGCAGCAACAGUCUGUACAGCAGAUUCCAGUUGGGUGCUAGUAAACAAACGGAAGUGUGUGUCAUAAAUAACCAAUGGCAAAAGCUCACUGAAUAUGAACAAAGAAACCUAUGAAUCCUAAGUAUCCUGUGAAAAUGUUAAUGUAUUUUUUUUGUUGGAGAAUAUUUAAUUUAAGGACUUUUGGGGGCUUUGAGGUCAGUUAGAGGCAGCCAUUAAUUUACUGCAUAUAAUCUGCAUACUGGUGUAUAUUUAAUGCAUGCUCAUACUCACUAAGGACUGAAAAGAGAAGAAGAAAGUGACUGAAAUGUGGUGAAUAUCGAAAUGUCUUUACUGUGAACCAGUUCAGUCUCUUGUCAUAACACUGUCUCCUAUGUAUCCGUCUUCCGUGGUCGUCACAGAUUUCCCCAGUCCUGCUGAACGUUGUGGAGUUUUGCCAUUCAGUAGGAGAAGAAAACACAAAGAAGGGCCAGUGUAGUCAUGCCAACAGAAUGACCCUGAUGAUUGUGACAUACAGAGAGAAAUUUCCAGUAACUUCACAUCAUUUUUUUUUACAAAUACAAUGCUAGACUUGCCAUUUUUCUCUGGAUCUUUCGCUUCAAGCUGUUGUCCUAGAUAAAGACAUACAACAGGUUUUAAAAUAUUGUGUGCAUUGUGUGUAGGAAUGGGGUAUUUAAUACAAAAAGCAGCACUUUUCCUGAUAUAAUUUACAAUGUUAUAAUACAGUGUAUAUUUUAAACGAUACAAUAAGUAAGGGAAAACAUGUUCAUCAACCUGUUGUUAAAUGUAAUCAAAUGGUGACUAUAGAAAGAAGUGCUUUCUCCUUUGCCCUUUAAUGUUCAGCACUGUUUAGCACUUAAAAAUGACCACUACAUACAAAAUGUCUUCUGAACAGCAAUAUAAAGGUUUGUAGUGUUUUUAUAUGCAUUUGAUUUUUUUGAUACAUUUUUUUUUCUAACUGUGUGCACUGUGUACCAUUAGAUAUAUGUUGAUUGCUGUGGGGGUUUUUUUACAUCAAUGAUUACAGUCUAAUGUAUUAAACUGACCA